CACCGUUCCCCACUAAAGAUUUCGACCGUGGACGUUCGCCACUGUGGAAGAUGUGUUUCUCGUUAGGGAUACAUUCUCUCAGUCCAGCCUUAGGCGCUACCGUUUGAAAAAAAAAAUUGCUUUACAUCGGUGCUGCACUCGGUGUAAAUACAUAACAACGGAUAGUGUAUGUAAACAUGUGACAUUUGCUCUCUCGGACUUGGUACGGGACUGCUACCAUGGAACAGUUUCGACGUACUUGCUGAAUAGUCAACGUGGUUCGCGGUAGAGUCGCGGUGCGCCUGUUUCUCAGUUUCCUGACGCGAGUGCAACGAAAAACGAUACAACUGGGAUAUAUUACCUCAUUCUCCAAGUUUGGAUUAUGCAGCUGAACUAGGUGGGGGAGCGGCGCGGCUGCAGACGUCCCACGUUAACCCUGACGCAGUGGCCGACCUAUGAGCGCAGCCGCCGGGUGACGCCGCCGGGGCCAUGGAGCAGCAGCCUCAGCACCAGGUGCAGCUGUCUCACGACGCCAGUGCCGGGCAGGCGGCACAGCAGCAACAGCAGCAGCAGGCGGCACAGCAGCAGGCGGCGCAGCAGCAGGCGGUGGUGGCCGUGCAGCAGCACCACCAGCAGCAGGCGGUCAUGGUGCCCACGAGCGGCAUGCAGCAGAUAGCGCAGCAGGUGGCGGUGUCGAUGCAGCAGACUCCAACGGCCAUCGCGCCGGCGCCGACCCCGCAGCAGCAGCAGCUGCAGCAGGCACAGCAGACGCAGCAGCAACAGCAGGCACAGCAACAGGCUCAGCAGCAGGCGCAGCAGCAGGCGUCGCAGCAGCAGGCACAGGUGGUGGCCGGAGCGCCCGCCAUCACCACCAUGUCGACGCUGCACCAGCCGCUGGCACCCGCGACGCCCCAGCCCCAGGCCGCGGCCCCGCAGCAGGUGCACGAGUGGGGGCACGGCAGGGUGCAGGUGAUCCAGCAGCCGCUGCAGAACCCGACGUACCUGCAGCAGCUGUACAACACGCAGGGCCAGCUGCUGGUGCCCGGAAACCUGCAGCUUCACCCCGCGCCGCCCGGCAUGAACCCCUCCUCCAUACACGUGAUCGCCGCCGGCAAACCGUUCCCGGCCAACCAGCUGCCGCCGCAGAUGAUCACCGCCCAGAAGUCGGUGCUGCAGGGGCAGGCAGCAUCUUUCCCCGGCUACGCGACAAUACCGACGACGACGAACCAGACGCUGGUAAUCAGUCAGCUGGGUGUGAUCAGCAACCAGCCCAACAUCCUGCCGGCACACUCCGCGGCAGGGGGGAAGCCCGCUGACGUGCAGAAGACGGCGUACGGGAGUAACGCGGCUGCCAGUCGGCGCUCUCCGCACGCCGGCAAGUACCAACAGGCGCCCGGGCGGCAGGCGCUGCAGGCGUCGCGGCCCGGCGGUUCGCAGCACCAGCAGGCGGUGCGGCAGGUGGCGGCGAGCCAGGCGCACCACGGCCACGCGCAGCAGCCGCCGCACUCGCAGCACGCCGUCGCGUCUUCGGGCUUCGUGGUGUCGCAGCCGCAGGCGCAGCAGCUGGUGACGACGCAGGCCCCCUCGGUGCUCGGCGCGGGACAGGCCCAGUUUCUGUCGCCCAUCCAGGGCGCGGCGCAGCCGAUGCAGUUCUCGCCGUGGCAGUUCGCGGGCACGACGGGGCUGCCGCAGGGCAUCGCCUGGGCGGCCACGACGCCCGGCGCGCUGCAGUCGAGCACGGCGCUCUUCUCCGCGCAGAACCCCAUCUUCAUCAGCCGCAGCGGACCGGGCGCCCCUGGCGGGGACCCGAACGCGACUGCGGCGAGCGUCUUCCUGCAGAGCCCGCCCCCGCAGCUGCAGCAGCACUCCCAGCUGGCGCAGGCGAGUGUGCAGAGCGUGACGCAGGUGGCGGCCGCCCCCGUCCAGGGGAAGCCGGGGGGCGGCGGCGCUGUGCGGCCGCUGUCCAACAUCCUGCCCUCGACCGCAACCACGACGACAAACCGGCCGGCGUCGUCCGUGUCAACGCAGACGGGUGGCAGUGUGACGGCGUCCCAGAUGAGCCAGGCGCAGGUGCAGACGCAGAAGGUGCAGAUGAAGGGGCGUGCCAAGCCGGGCCUGAGCCGAGUCUCGCCUGCACCUGCAGUCACCCAGAAGGCCGACGCCGCCAACCAGACGAAGCCGCAGGGUGUCGUCCAGUCGGGCAUGACGCCGCCGAAGAUUCUGCCGAAUACUGCAAUGCCCAUGACACCGGAGAAACAACAACAACAGCAGCAACAGCAGAUGAUCAACAAAACACUACAGCAGCAGCAGCAGCAACAACAGCAACAACAGCAACAACAACAACAGCAGCAGCAACAGCAACAACAGCAGCAGCAGCAACAGCAACAAGUGAUGCUGCAACAACAGCAGCAGCAGCAACAGAUGCAGCAACAACCGUCACCACAACAGCAGCAACACCAACAGCAGCAGCAGAUGCUAGCCCUCCAACACCAGCAGCAACAGCAGCAGCUGCAGCAGCAGAUGCUGCAGCUGCAGCAGCAGCAGCAACAACAGCUCCAGGCACAGGCGCAAGCGCAGGCACAGGCUCAAGCGCAGGCCCAGGCACAGGCCCAAGUGCAAGCGCAAGUACAGGCCCAGGCUCAGGCACAAGCGCAAGCUCAAGCUCAAGCUCAAGCUCAAGCUCAGGCUCAGGCCCAGGCCCAAGCUCAAGUGCAGGCCCAAGUGCAGGCUCAACAGGUGCAGGCUCAGCAGCAGAUGAUGCAGCAACAACAGGCUCAUCAGCAACAACAACAACAGCAGCAGCAACCACAGCAACAGCCUCAGUUGCAACCUCAGCAGCAACAGCAACCACAACUACAGCAGCAGCCACAACAACCACCACAACAACAACCACAACAGCAACAACUACAGCAGCAGCCCCAACAACAACAAGCACAACAACCCCAGCCUCUGUCGCAGCAGCAGCUACAGCAGCACAUUCAGUCCAAGCUGCCCCAGAUUGUGAUGCCGACCGUGCAGACGCAGACGCAGACGCCGGCUCCCGCCGUGCUGCCGGUGGACACCCGCGGCCCGGCCACGCUGCCCGCCGCCGCGCCGGUCGUCACUGCCACCGCGGCCGCCCCCGCCGCCACGCCUCCGCUGUCUGCUGCCGGCCUGCAGCAGCCUGUCGCACACGUGCAGAGCCAGCCGACGUUGGCCGUGCCCGCCACUCCCCCGACGGUGACGCCGUCGCAGACGCUGCCUGUCGCCGUCGCGCCGGCCGCGCCGCUGCCGGUGGCCGCCCCCCUCGCAGUCGCGGCCGAGGACGACCGGCAGCAGGUUCCCGUGGGGCCGCCCACUGCGGAGGUGCCCGUCCAGGUGGCCGUGCAGCCGGACGUGGCCGUGGGCCAGCAGCCCAUGGACGUCGACGACCCGGUCGCCGUUUCUGGUUUAGCAGCCACGGGAGUCACUUCCACGAAGGAGGACGCGAGGCCAAAGACUCCCGGAAUACCGCCGGCACAGGAGCGCGACAUCCAGCCGGUGACGGCGAUGGAGUGCGACGACGCGCAGGCUGCGGGCGUGCAGGCUACGCCCCCUCGCCCCGCGGCGGCGGCGCCGCCCGCUCCGCCCGCCGCCGUAGCCCCCGACUGCCCGCCACAACAGACGGACGGCGCGAACGCCAACAUCGCCCCGCCGCCACCUGCGCCCACGCCUGCGCUGCCCACCCUCAAGAGGAGUCGCGGGCAAGAGGUAUUGACGCACGUCAUCGAGGGGUUUGUGAUCCAGGAGUCAUCGGAGCCCUUCCCGUCGCCGCCCCACAGCAGCGAGGAUGACGAAGACGACGACGGCCACGGCCGCUGCAGGCCGCCGCGGCCACCCGCGUCCCCGCCGGCGCGCCCCCUCGCCGCGGUCGGGCUCGACAACCCGGCGCAGCGCGCGGCGUCUCCGGACCGGCUGGCGGGAGAGCCUCAGCGCAAGAAGCCGCUGACGGAGGCGGACGCGUCGCGGUGCGAACACUGUGGCAAGACCGGCCUACGGGCAAAAUUCAAGAAGAGGUUCUGCACGCCGUCCUGCGCUAAGAGCAGCAAGAGGUCGGCGCUGCAGAGGGCGACGGCAGACGCGGCCGCCGCCGCAUCCGGUGCGGCACAGGCGCAGGCGCAGACGCGGUCGCGGGCGGUCGUCGACGGCCCGGCGGCGCCGGCGAACGCGAACGGCGACGGGGAGGUGCGGCGGCCGUUGCACCAGCAGAUCCUGACGCCGGCCGACCAGCGCGAGUGGCUGCGCGGUGCCAAGGACUGGAACGCCACCGGGGCGAGUGCGCCGACGCGGUCCUCUUCGUCGGCGUCGACAGCGCCGCUGGGAGCCGAGAGCGCGGGUGACGAGACGGAGGACUCCGGCGCGGAGAGCUUCGGCGCCGACAGCGGCGUGCACGCGGGCCUCGCGGCACCCGGCUCCGGCGCCGCGUCCGCCGUCAUGGACGAGCAGUCGCAGGACAGCUGGGCCAGCUCGAACAACGCCGGCACCGACAACAACGGCAACCCCGCCGCCGCCAACAACAACAACGACGACGCCGCGAACCGGCAGCCCAAGGUCAACCCGCUCAAGUGGUCGGUGACGGAGGUGUGCGAGUUCAUCAAGGGGCUGCCCGGUUGCGCAGACUACGUAGAGGACUUCGCCAUCCAGGAGAUCGACGGGCAGGCCCUGAUGCUGCUCAAGGAGGACCACCUCAUGUCGGCCAUGUCGAUGAAGCUCGGCCCCGCGCUCAAGAUCUGCGCCAAGAUCGACACGAUGCGCGGCACCGUAGGCGAAGGCACGCCUGCGGCCAACGGCCCGGCGGUCGGCGUCCCCGUCUCCAGCCCUACCAAGUAGCUGGCGUCCACGUCGGCGUGUCGAGAGCUCUCGCACCGGGACAGAGCGUGACGACGUAUCCGUGCGAAAGUUUGCGAGCCGGAGAGGUAGCCUAUCCCGGUUUGACAUUUGAGCGACAAGAUACCUCGGUCGCUUCCUGCCGUCGUGUGCAUUUAAUACUUUUGGGAUCGGCACUGUACGGCGGUAGAGAGUGUGACCCAGACGGACUGUUACAAGGUGGGAGGAAUACGUGUGACAUCUAAUGUCUUCAAAUCCCUGCGAAAUGUGCAGCAUUUCAGUUCGGCGUUUCUAGUUAGGCCACAGUGACCCACAGUUUACGUCUCCUGUGGGGGCCGCUCUCAAAAUAGCCCCCUUCAGACCCAUUUUUGUAUCCCCUUUCUACAGUGAGGGAUCUUCCUGAGUACAGUCGUCAGUGCGACACGUGUGAAUUUGUGCUAGGAAAUUUAAGGGUUACGAAUUCUAUACACACUCUCACCGGCACUGUGGGGGUCUAAACGGCCACAGGUUCACGCGUAAUACUCCUCGUAGGUGACUGUAGCCCUAAGUAUUCGACGGCCUCAGUCCGAAAGAGGACUUUUCACAACUGUGGCUGUCGGUAACUCGGCCGGGGGAUAGUGGCAGCUGUGAGGUGUCGGCCAGAGCACUCGCGGCACAUUCAGAAGGGAGCAAGUGUGUCACUACAGACUCUGCACACAGGACGGUAACUGCCACUGCGUUCCCUUUCCUGCACUGACUGUACGUUUGGAGAAACCCUGCCCCCUGUGGUCACAAAUUGCGACAUUUGGUGAAAUCUCGACUGGGCUACCGAGAUACCCCUAACGUUACACUUUUCACAAAACUCGUGGCUCGCAGUGUUGACAGUAGAACUUAUUUAUCUUGCAAGUGCUUUGUAUUUGUGUGCUACUGUGACUAGAAAUUUCGUUAAUUCCACACUACCACACACGUGUACUCUAUUCUGAAUACUACUUUCAGAUUACUUGACAAUUGUGCUAGUUUUGAGCUGAUUUUGUGCAAGCCAGAUAAACAUACCUUUUACUGGAUGCCAUUAUGUGUGGUUCCAGUGACACCUGUAUUCCUGUUUUGCAGGGAAAAAGUGUACUCCAAACUACUGUAGCAUAUGUUCCUUUGUGACAGACAUGUUCCCAUUCUUAUCAGUUAUUAUUGACAAUGAGGCUGAGGAAAUGGGUACAAAGGAGAAAUGGAAGCAGCGUUUUGUUUGCUGCGGAAAGGAGAGUGUUUCGUAAUCGAAACGGUUCUGUAAUUUGUGUAGAUUUUUCUCGAUCAGCAUGUUACUCAUUAAGAGAUGUGUGUUUUAUGUUUAUUGUGUAGGAAACUGUAAAGGACUUCAUCGGCUGUGACAUGAUAUGUUGACUGUUUGUAUAUUUUUUCCUUGUUUUUUUUUUGAAGCUGUAGCAGUAGAUUUGUUGUUCAUUUGUAUACAUUUACAACUUGUAUGUUAAUCUGCGCGCGCGUGUGUGUGUGUGUGAGAUAGAGAGAGAGAGAGAGAGAGAGAGAGAGAGAGAGAGAGAGAGAGAGAGAAAAUCAUAAAAUUUGGUGGUGCACAUCACGUUUUGCUUCCACCGAAUAACACUGCCAACCACCUCCUUAAUGUAAUGACUGACUGCUCUCAGCAAUCGUCCUGUGACCGCCAAAGAGAAGGCUUUGACUGAAGUGUGGAUGCUAGCGAGGCCUCAGUUCGGUCUGCAGCGGGAAGCCGAAGCACUGCCUGGAGUUCCCUCAAGCUAUUUGUCUGUGUGAGGCUAAUGUCCUUGCAUAAUUAGUGUCGGACACGUCCAAUAGGCUACUGUGAACGAGCAAAGUAUUUGUACAAGGAAUUGCUCACUGUACCGGGUUUUCCUAGUUGUACACUGUGGCAGCAAAAGUGCAAAGCUCGAGGACACAGCAAAAUACUGACUACGCAAUCUUUCCACCAGGAUGCAAAAUUUGCUCAUGUUACUGGUAUGCAUUUCAUUAUUACAGUGAAGGUCAACAUUUUUAGCAUUCAGCACACGAAUGAACUUUUCGUGUUGCAGGUGCAGAAUUUGCUAGUGCAGUUAGGCGGACAGGUUACGGAAGCUCGCCACUAUCUUUUUCUCGCCUCAUAUAAAUGCUCGGGACUGGGCUCGUAAAUGGCUUCGGUCUUUGACAGAAAGGAUGUAGUCGACAUUUUUUUUAAAAAACAAUUUUCCUACUGUAGAACAAACAAUGAUGAUAUUUAAAAAUUGGAUUUUUAAAGCCGUGUACAAAAGUGAAAUAAUAUAGCGUGAGGUCACUCAGCUGUCGAGACAGUGGGAUGCCGUCUGGGGCCGGUGUCGGCCGAAUCCCCACAGAGCCGUCCAGAUUUGGGUACUCUUUAGUUUACCUAAACCACUUGAGGUGAGCGGUGGGAUGUGUCUCUGAAAAGGACAGGGACACGGCGGGAGUGCCCGGCAUUCGUGCGGAGGCCGAACUGAGGCUGCGAGGCAAACGGGGUGGCGUUACUCUCGCGGGGCGCACCUCUCGCGAGAGCUGACGUCACAAGUGUGCGCUCGGCAUUUUUUGAAAUUACUGUGUAAACUUAGGUUUUUGAAUAUUGUACAGAUAUGUAACAAAAUAAAAGGUGACACGGCAGUGCUCGUGUCGGGCAUC